AUGAGGGAACCACUUGAACCCGCUCUACUCUUGGCCAUCACUCUUCGUUACCUGGCGAAUGGAAACUCAUACAAGACCCUUGAGUACGAAUUCAGGGUGGCUAACAACACAAUUUCCCGCAUUGUACCAGAAACACGCAACGCAAUCAACAAUGAGUUUGCAGAGGAAUUUCUGAAGUGUCCAUCAACACCAGAUGAGUGGAGAGCAGUGGCUGAAGGGUUCUCAAACAAGUGGAACUUUUACAACUGUUUGGGGGCUCUUGAUGGCAAGCAUGUAGUGAUCAGAGCGCCCAGUGCUUCCGGAUCCGUAUAUUACAACUACAAGGGAUUCCACAGUAUUGGACUUAUGGCUCUUGUGGACAGCCAGUAUCGCUUCCUAUAUGUGGAAGUGGGUGCAAAUGGCGGAGCUUCGGAUGGUGGCGUCUUUGCGGGGACGCCAUUGUGGGCUGCGCUGGAGAACAACACCCUUGGCGUCCCCCCUCCCACACCUUUUCCCAGAGACGACCAACCUAUGCCAUACUCCAUAGUGGCAGAUGACGCCUUCGCCAUGCGUACCUAUUUGAUGAAGCCUUACCCCCAGAGAGGAAUGUCCCGGGAACAACGUCUCUACAACUACGGGCUGUCGCGCGCACGACGCGUUGUGGAGAAUGCUUUUGGCAUUCUUGCAUAUAGAUUCAGAUUCCUUCUCGCCCCAAUGGCCCAAAGGACUGAGAACGUAGAGACUAUAGUCCUAGCAGCGUGUGUCAUCCACAACAUACCGAGGACUAGGUUCCCGCGCAUUAUUGACGGUAUUCAUGAAAAUUAA